CUCGCAACAACUAUUUUCCGCAUCUUUCAAAUAAUAACUACUUUCUAUAAGAUUGGAUUUGUGUGUAUUACAUUUUGGGAGAAAAAUGAAUGCAUUAGCAGCCACAAACAGGAACUUUAGGUUGGCUUCUAAGCUUCUUGGAAUAGAUUCAAAGCUUGCCAAGAGUUUGCUGAUUCCAUUCAGGGAAGUGAAGGUUGAGUGUACAAUACCAAAAGACGAUGGAAGCUUAGCAACUUACGUUGGAUUCAGAAUUCAACAUGAUAAUUCUAGAGGACCAAUGAAAGGAGGGAUUCGAUACCAUCCACAGGUUGAAACGGACGAAGUGAAUGCUUUGGCGCAACUAAUGACGUGGAAGGCAGCAGUAGCAAACAUACCAUAUGGUGGUGCGAAAGGAGGCAUAGGUUGUGAUCCUUCAGAAUUAACUGUUUCUGAGUUGGAAAGACUUACCCGAGUUUUCACUCAGAAAAUUCAUGAUCUCAUUGGAAUUCAGAUUGAUGUUCCAGCACCUGACAUGGGAACUGGACCCCAGACUAUGGCCUGGAUCCUAGAUGAGUAUUCCAAAUUUCAUGGCCACUCACCUGCAAUUGUCACCGGCAAACCUAUUGAUCUUGGUGGAUCUCUGGGGAGAGAUGCAGCUACAGGGCGAGGAGUGCUGUUUGCAACUGAGGCUUUGCUUAAUCAGCAUGGAAAGACAAUAUCAGGCCAACGCUUUGUCAUACAGGGAUUUGGGAAUGUGGGGUCUUGGGCUGCCAAAUUAAUAAGCGAAAAAGGUGGAAAAGUGGUAGCAGUGAGUGACAUAACCGGAGGAAUCAAGAACAGUGAAGGUUUGAACAUCCCAAGCCUACUAAAACAUUCUAAAGAACACAGAGGAGUAAGAGGAUUUCAAGGUGGAGAUCCUAUUGAUCCCAAUUCAAUAUUGCUUCAAGAUUGUGAUGUUCUCAUUCCUGCAGCUCUUGGUGGUGUCAUCAAUAGGGAAAAUGCAAAUGAGAUCAAAGCCAAAUUCGUUGUUGAAGCAGCCAAUCAUCCAACUGACCCAGAGGCUGAUGAGAUUCUCAAAAAGAAAGGAGUAGUGAUCCUCCCAGAUAUAUUGGCAAAUUCAGGAGGAGUUACAGUUAGCUACUUUGAAUGGGUGCAGAAUAUACAAGGGUUCAUGUGGGAUGAAGAGAAGGUGAACAAAGAGUUGAAGACAUACAUGACCAAAGGUUUCAAAGAUGUGAAGGAGAUGUGCAAAACCCAUGAUUGUGAUCUUCGUAUGGGAGCCUUUACCCUUGCUGUUAACCGUGUGGCAAGGGCUACACUCCUUAGGGGUUGGGAAGCUUGAUCACUCUUCAUUCUUCAGAUCAUUGUCUUUGCUCAUUAUUUCAGCAAUGUAGAUUCAGUGUUCAAGUUUCAGUCUCUGCAAUACCAUACAUUUUUUUUUGUUUGUUGUUGUUGUUCUCAGCAACCUUUACUAAUUCAGAUAAAUCUCAUCUGUAAAUGCUUCGAAAAUUUUGUUGAUUUGUUCUCCUCACAUCCACUUU